AUUGAGUCCCACUUAGCGAUGACUCUUUACCAACGGGUUAAUAUCGAUUUACCAAAGGGUUGGGCGUCGAGGAUGGUUCUCGACCACAACCUAUACAUCAACAGACUCAGGAGAUGGCAAUCAUCAGAGAACUAGCUCCAUACCAACUGCUUUGGUAACUCAGACAUACAUUGGGAAUCAACUGAAGACAUGUGUACAACAACAUCUGAGGGGAACGCCAUUCACUGGCCCUUAGCAUUUCGCAAACACUGUUUGAUUCGAAUUAAACUUUGUUUUUUUGUCAGUUGCCGCCGAAUUCCUCAGCUGUGAUAUCAUUAAGGAGGCAGCUGUUUUGUGCUGAGUGAAAGAGAAAGAGACACCCGCCCCCAAAAAGCCUGGACUGGCCAACAUUUAUAUCCCAGCAGUGCGCAGGACCGAAUUGAAACUGACAGGGACAUUACACAGGAAAUUAACCAGCCCCAGUCAUUGCUGGGUCAAAACCAGCUGGCAGGAGCGGGAGGCCAGCAGUGCAAACGUCUGGAACCUGCACUGGGCGUGAGUAAACAUAGAAGGAGCAGUGUCGUGAAAUCAUUAUUUUGUUUUGAAGAGGCGAGCUCGCUGAAAAGGCUGUGAUAUCUCAGUAGCCAUAGUUACAAUGUGGGAUAGCCGGCCGCCUCCAUCUGUGAUGCAGUUCCAUCUUUACAGGGAUGGACGGGAGGGGAAAAGCGUGGGAUAUUGUAACAAUGCGUGCUUCCUGAAACUUUCACUGUGAUUUAAAGGAAACAAGACAGAUAUUUAAUGAAAAUGUGAAGGACAAGGCAUCCUGCAACAACAGUGAUAGAAGAAGGAGGUCUUUAAUAUUGGCACCCACAAGAGUGGGGAAAGACCCAGAAAUGCUUGGAAGCAUGGCCAUGCUGCAUCCUUGAGCUUAAUUAGGCUUCAGUGAAUUCGCCAUGAAUGGUGACUCUGAAAGUCCGAAUUCCCUACAACACAUUCCAGACUGGAAAGAAUUUUGUGAAGUGCAGGCACGAGCUGCAGCGGCUGAAUUUGCCCAGAAAUUCCGGAUAUUUAUCAGUGAAAAUCCCCACCUCGAGUGCCCAGGAAUAGAGACCACUUUCUCACAAUACUUUGCUUCCCAUUUUGUGGAAUACUUUGCUUCGGAAGUAAACAGGCCAUACCUGCCAGACUCGCCGACCAAGUCUACAGUUGCUCCAUUUUCAGACAUCCAGAAUUGCCAGCUGCCUUAUGGUAAAGAAAUUCUCCAGAGGAAAGAGAAUUCCGAUUCCCUUGAGAGUAUAGACAGUACAUUGAACUCCAGCAGGUACUUGAGGCAGGCGCAGGUCUGGGACAUGUCGAACUUUGGCCAUUCCAGGAGUUCAGAGGAUGUUUCUGGCAGGCCAAAGUUUAAGAAAGGGUUUUCUCUGCGGAACAUGAGUAUGUGUAUGGUCGAUGGAAUGAAGGAGAUUUUACAAUGGCGCUCCUCUGCCGAGCCACUGCUGGAUGUGGGGCAGGGCAAAAGGUUAAUCAGUCAAGAUUCUUCAGGGAAUAAAUCUGAAAGUGAGGCCCGGGACAAAUGGAGCCACAAACUAGAACGUUUGCGCUUGACACGAACCUCCUCUGCUAAAGUGGAACUCCUGGAUAUUCAAAGAGAAGGCACUUUGAGGUACAUGGUAGCUGAUGACUCUAACUCGGUGAGCAGUACGCAGUGGCAGAAGUGCCGACUGUUGCUACGAAAAGCUGUGAGGCUGGAGGGAGAACGUUUCCUCUUGGAGUUUUAUGUACCGCCAAAGUCUACCAAGCCCAGAGUCAGCAUCCCACUCUCUGCAAUUGUCAAGGUCAGGACUACAAUGCCGCUAGAAAUGCCUGAUAAGGACAACACCUUUGUGCUGAAGGUGGAGAAUGGUGCCGAGUAUAUCCUGGAAACAAUUGACUCCUUACAGAAACACUCCUGGGUGGCUGACAUUCAGGACUGCAUGGAUCCCGGUGACAGCGAAGAGGACUUGGAGCUGAUUUCUUGUCCACAUGCAGUGAGCAUGCCAAGUAGAGAAUUACCCGCAAUUCCUCCUUGCAGUUGUGACUUCCUGACAGAGGGUAUUACCCAAAUGCCUGAAAAGAUGUGCAUGAACCCAGAUGCUGCUGUCACUGUCUCGCACGUCAGACCAAAGGAACCCCAGGUACCGGGACUUCUCGCACACGUCCCUCUGGAAAACUUCCUGCAGGCUCUGCAUUCAGAAGCUCUGAGCAGCACAUCGACAGGUGAGGAGGAUCAGAUAGAUACUGAACUUCAGCUCUCCAGUUACCCCUGGUUCCACGGGACACUGUCACGGGUAAAAGCUGCCCAACUGGUUCUGGCUGGAGGCUCCAGGAGUCAUGGCUUGUUUGUCAUUCGCCAGAGUGAGACCCGGCCAGGUGAAUAUGUGCUGACCUUCAACUUCCAGGGCAAGGCAAAGCACCUACGCCUGUCUUUGAAUGAAACUGGCCAGUGCCAUGUUCAGCAUCUCUGGUUUCAGACCAUCCUCGAUAUGCUGAAACAUUUUCAUACUCAUCCCAUCCCCCUGGAGUCUGGAGGUUCUGCUGACAUCACUCUCCGUAGCUACGUACUUGUCACAAAACCCACCCCAGUCCCAGAGAUGAAUUCUGCACACACUGCCACACCUCCAGCCGCCCCUACACAACCCAACUGCAGAAGUGAUGCCCAUCAAUCACAGCAUUACUUUGCCAACUCUGUAGCUGGCAGCCCUCAUUCUGCUGCCCAAGUUGAAGGGACAUCAGCCAACAUUCAUUCGGCACACCCCAGAUCAGACGCGACCAUCUCUGUUCGUGCCAAUAACUCCGAACGUCUACUACAGUCUCAAGCAUCAUCCUCAGAGGACUACCAUGACAGCGAUGGAUCAAGGAAUCGAUCGCGAGCUGUAGAAAAUCAAUAUUCCUUCUACUAAUAUCAAGAAACACAAUGUAGCAGACUUCUGGGAUUGUCUACAUAGAAAUAGGGAUAAUUGACAAAAUGCAUCUGCUCAACAAAAGUGGAGAAGUCAGGGCAAAGAGACUGUAUUCCUAUCAUUUGACAGUCGAAUAAUGAAAAUGGAAUUAGGGUUAAAUGUGAAUUAUCAGGUGUUUGCCAUAUUUGGUUCAGGGCAAUUGGCAAAGACUGAUUUUGCUAAUUAAUUAUGGUCUUUAUAUAUAUAUUUGUAUCUGCACUUUUCACGAUUACUGUAAAGAGAAUCUCGAUGGACUGUGCACAGUCCGUGAGUUAACAAUGAAUUGUCUUUCUCAUUGUUUCAUCUGUAGUGUUGCUGUUUAUAGUGAGCCUGCUGUUGUUAUAAUCAGAUAAAGAUUUAGCUUGUCUGAUAUUUUUUUGUCCUGUUAUCUUUAGCAAUGGGGUGCUGACUGAUUUUAACGUGAGCAGUUUUCUUAAGGUCUAAAUGUGAUUUGAGCUAUUGAACUGUGCUGCUGAGAUCUGAUGAGAAAUAAGUAUGUUCAAGUGAGAGGAACUGUUAAUGUCAAAUCGCUGCUGUGUCUCAGUAGCUCUAACAUUUGGAGUACCAGUUCCCAACCACGAGGUACCGGGGUCCUUGUAGCAAUCAUUAAGCAGCACAUAUGGGUGAAUCUUGCUUAUACCAACUCCAGGAUAUUUGAUCUGUGUUCCAUUGGAGGAGAUAACAUUACCAUUGUCCAAAUAGUCAAGACUCAACUCAGUGAGAGAGUGAUUUUGGUAAGAGCCAUGAAGAUUUUGGUAAGAGUCAUGAAGAAUUUGCACAGUCCAGUCUCCAAUGCUAGAUAUCUCACAGGAGACUUGGAAAUACCACUGAAUGAAAGAGCCAGAAAGCAAAAUUUAUAACAAUGAAACCUUUGAGUCUGUAUUCACUGCAAGUAUUGUAAACUUAACAAAUAUUUCCUUCUGGAUCUGUUUGUACUUGUGAUGCUGAUUUGCAAUUUUGAGAAUUUUAUGAAAAAGAAUGAACCAAGAUUUUUACUGUCUCAAAGAUUCCAUAAAACCUGUUUUGUGAUCCCAACAAAUAAACAUGUACUGUGUUGAGUAGUUAAGAGGA